AUGUCUUUCGAACUAGAUUUACUCAGACAAGAGAAUGCUAAGCUUGUAGCUGAGAAUACUGAGCUUAAGCACAAAAACUCAAAACUGAAACAGAUUAUAGAAGAAAAUGCUGACUUUAAGGCCAAAAUCAUGAAAUUGGAACAAACUGUUGAUAAAAUUGAGAAGCAGAAUCAAACUAUAUCACAGGUUUCAACCAGUUCACCAUCACCAGUAACAUCUCAGUUAUCUACUCUAUCACCUAUCGAGGAUCACUCUGACAUUAUCGAUGACGAUUCAGCUGAGACCCUAGAUUUUGUAGAAACGGUUUAUAAGGAACAGCAAAAAACAACCACAAAUACUGCUUUACCAGUAGAGAAUCUUGACGAUUCUGAUGAAAUUGAGCUUACCAAAAAUCAAAAUAUAGAAUCAGACUUAAUAUGA